AUGUCCAAGCGUGGACGAGGAGGUACCUCUGGAGGCAAAUUCCGUAUCUCGCUGGGUCUUCCCGUUGGGGCUGUUAUGAACUGUGCUGACAACACAGGUGCCAAAAAUCUAUACGUAAUUGCUGUAUUCGGAGUCCGCGGACGAUUAAAUCGGCUUCCAUCUGCAGCAACCGGGGAUGUUGUAGUGUGCUCAGUAAAAAAAGGAAAGCCUGAACUUCGAAAAAAAGUGUGGCGGGCAGUAGUGAUAAGGCAGAGAAAAGCAUUUCGCUCGGCAAUAACUGGUCCUGUCGCCAAAGAAUGUGCCGAAAUGUGGCCCAAGAUUGCAUCUAGUGCAAGUUCAAUACAUUGA